AUGCAGUUCACCACCUCGCGAGGGUCUGUAUGGGGCCACAAAUGGCGGUCUUCGCCGUUGUUCAUUGUCAGUGCCAUGGCAAUGGCGCUGUUCACUGAUGUCUUCCUGUAUACCUUCAUUGUACCGAUCCUCCCUUACAUCCUAGAAAACCGUCUCGGUCUCGAUGUGUCCCUGACCCAGCGCAUGAGCUUUGCACUGCUAGCAUUGAGUGCGGUCGCAUCACUCGUCUGUAGCCCUUUCAUCGGCCACUAUGCGGAUAAGAUGUCUUCGAAGAAGAUCUUGCUACUCGGCUCAUUGGCCGCGGCAUUAUUCUCUACAGUUAUUUUGGCUAUGGCGACUUCAACUUUCACCUUGUUCUUCGGUCGUUUCAUACAAGCCAUUGCGAGUGCGUUCAUCUGGACAGUGGGAUACGCGACGAUCGCGGACAAUGUUAAACAGGAACAUCUGGGCAAGACUUACGGGAUGAUCUCCCUUGUCGUGGCUGUGGGAACCUCCGGAGGACCCAUGGCGGCUGGCAUCCUGUUCGAAAUGGGCGGAUACUGGCUGGCAUGGUCCAGUGCCUUUGCCAUAAUCGUGGUGGAUAUUGUGCUCCGCGCGUUGAUGAUCGAGCGACCGAGGUCCCAACCAGGUACGCCGCGCGGCGACGAUGAGGAUCCCGAGAAUGAUCCCCUUCUCCCGGACAAUAUCAGCCUUGUUGAGGAAAAAAAGGGGUGGCACUUUUACACAUAUCUCUUCCGACACCGGCAAUUCGUCUGCGGUGCUAUGAGUUAUCUUGUCUUCGCUAUCUUAAUCUCCAGCUUUGAUACCACCAUCCCUCUUCAUGUUCGGGACGCAUUCGACUGGGGUAGUAUGGAGUCAGGGUUACUGUUCGCCGCUCUUCAAGGUCCCGGAAUCAUCAUGAGCCCGCUCUGUGGCUGGUUGAAGGAUCGCUAUGGCACACGGUACCCAACCGCCGCAGCUUCGCCAUCCUGA